AAAAUGGGGAAGAAAGCCCAGGAUAAGGCGAACGAUCUAAAUGAGCUCAAACAAGAGGUUAAGAUGGAUGAGCACAUCAUCCCAAUGGAAGAAUUGGCAGCUAGGUACAGUUCUAAUAUCGAGACGGUGAGUAGUCGUUUGUUUUUGUUUGAUUGA